AUGAGUUCUUUCGACCUUGACGAACAACGUCUACUAAUCGGCUACGCCGUAGAACACAUUAAACAUGCCAUAUUCUCGCAUUUUACUCGCUUCGAACCAAGAACCUUAAUCAUUUGCGGUUCUGGAUUGGGUGGGAUCGUCGAUAAAGUGUCGCCCAAGCCAAAACCGUUGUCAAUUCCUUACAACAAGAUCCCGGGGUUCAAAUCCAGCACGGUCGCAGGUCAUCAAGGGAAAUUGGUGUUUGGCUACAUAAAGGGAAGUCCAGUGGUAUUGAUGUGUGGUAGACUUCAUUCCUACGAAGGCCACUCUUUGCAUGAGACUGUGUUCCCAAUCAGAGUGAUGUACGAAUGGGGUUUCGUGAAGAACCUGAUUGUGACGAAUGCGUGUGGGGCCGUAAACCCUAACUAUCGAGUGGGCGACCUGAUGUGUUUGAACGACCACAUAAACCUUCCAGGAUUGGCAGGUCAGCAUCCGCUACGAGGCCCAAAUUUCGAAGAGUAUGGCCCCAGAUUCCAGUCUCUCAGUGAUGGGUACGAUCUGGCUUUCAGAAAACUGCUUUUCGCCAAGAGAUAUGAAUUGGGCCUGCAAAGACCUCUCCAUGAAGGUGUAUACACGUAUGUCUCGGGUCCCACCUUCGAGACCAGAGCCGAGGCCAGAAUGAUACGUAUGCUUGGAGGCGACGUUGUGGGUAUGAGCACGGUUCCGGAGGUGAUCGUUGCUAGACAUUGCGGAUUAAAAGUCUUAGCAUUAAGUCUCGUUACCAACCAAGUUGUUGUUAAUCCACCAGCCAGCGCCCUGGAUGAAAACCCAGUGCCAAUUGACCGUGGUAAAGCAACCCACGAGGAGGUUUUGGAAGCUGGAUUUCUCGCCUCUGUGGACGUCGAGCGCCUGGUGGAGGCAGUCGUCGCCGACCUUUGA